AUGACAGUCCGGCCCAGCGCGAUACCAGUUUCCGGCUACGACUUGACCAACGAGCCAGUCCUGUCAAGUCAACUACCUGUAAGGUACGAAGGCAAGCCGCAGCACCAGAAGAAACCAAGCAUCAAAGUGGAAAUCCACCAAGACAAUCCUCCAUUGCCCACAAGCGAUCUGGCUUUUAGGGUGAAGCGAAGCCCGAGCGCUAGCCCAAGAUCACCCACUGCACGGCCGGAACUUCAGUACCAAUAUGCGACGCUACAAAACAAACUGGACCAGAUCAGUAGCACGUGUGCUCCAUACAUGGAUGUUGAGGCUGCGGAACCUCAAGAUCUCACGUUCGACAAGAUAGUAGAACACACUAAAGCUUUUGCAUUCGAUCUGCAAGUGUGGGCUCAUCUUUCAAACCUCGAGGGUAUGGCUACGGUGGAUAAGCAUAAGAGAGAAGUCGUGGAUGCCGCAUCGCGAAGCCUAGCCCGACUGUUGUAUCUGGUGGCAGAAUUACACGACGCUUGCUCCAAUGCGAAGCCGAGGGACCUGAAGUUCAAAAAGCUUCCUGAGAUCGACGACGAGACGUUAUUCGAGGACGGAGAUGACGACAGCGGUGAACCAGACCCUACAGAAACCUUAAGCUUCAUCAUUCAUUCCAGCCUAGACGGCAUUGAGCUGCAAAUCCAGAAUCUGAAGAGAUUGAGUCGAACAUUGCAAGAGGCCACACAGGAUGCAAAAGAUGAGGUCGUGGCAGUCGCGAAGCUCGUAACGGAAACCGUGCAGUACUUCGGCUCGGAAGAGGCACUACAUCGCUAUGGGAUCAAUGAGAAGAUCUCUGGGAGGAGAGGUUUGGAAGAAGCAAGGUACACGAAUUCGCAUUAG